AUGGAUCAGGAAGAUGAUACAAAUGAUAUAGAAGUGCAAAAUAUCAAAGAAUAAAAAUACUAAGAUUAAGAUUCAGAUAAAUAAAAGAAAAUGAAAAUAUUUAUGAUAAUUAUUACGAUCAUAAAUAUUUUUCAAACUCUACUUAAUAGCAUCAUUUUUUACUACUAUGUUGAUAAGAAUUUAUUCUUCUGUAAAUUAUCAUAUUAUCCAGCUCUUAGUCCAAAUUAUUAUUUUUACCUGUUUGAAUUGCUUUUUUAUCCAUUGAUGAUAAUCUUAUUUAGAUGUUUUCACAAAAGUACAAUAUUUAAGAAAUUAUCAAGUAAAAUUUUAUUUUUCAAUUUAGUUUUAAUUAUUUUGCUAUUUUCGGCAUCAUUCACACUAUUUACCUGUGACUUCUUUAGCAUUUUUUUAUCUUUUGAUUAAAAUUCUCCAAUUUAAUCUAAUUAUUUUUACUUGGCAAUAAGUGAUCUAUUACUAGCAUAUUUGAUAAAUAGUAUCUAUCUUUGUUUUACAAAUUAUUUAUUUCAAAGAAGUAAUAACUUAUAAUUAAACCUAAUAGAUUUUGAAAUCAUCUAAUAUAUGGCUACAAUUAUAAUUACAAUCAUAUAUAUGACAUAUAUGAUAUUAACAAUAAAAGAUAUUGACAAUUAAAAUGUUACUUUUUAAUUAAUUAUAAGCAUAAUAUAUUUUUAGGGAAUAAUGACUUUAUAUUUAAUGAUAUAAUUACAUCUUUUAUUUCAAACUUUAAAUAGUAAUUAUAAGCUAUCAUUAAACGAUAUCUUUUAUAGAUAUAUGCAAAUAUAGACAAGAAUAUUUUUAUUUUGCUUUAAGGAUUGA